AUGAACACUAAGGAACCAUCAUGGAAAGAAGUGUCAGAUGUAGUGAAGAAAGCCAGGUCAGCAUCAUCACCAGGACCAAAUGGCAUACCGUACAAGGUAUAUAAGAAGUGCCCAAAAGUUUUGAAACACCUGUGGAGGCUACUGAAAGUAGUUUGGAGGAAAGGGAAGAUACCAUCAUGUUGGCAGAAAGCAGAGGGGUGUUUUAUUCCAAAAGAAGAAAAAUCGGAGGACAUCACACAAUUUCGGACAAUUUCCCUCCUAAAUGUAGAAGGAAAGAUCUUCUUCUCUAUUAUGGCUAGAAGGAUAACAUCAUAUGUGACAGAUAACAACUAUGUAGACACUUCAGUACAGAAGGGCGGAAUACCAGGAUUCUCAGGAUGUAUUGAACAUACAAGCAUCAUUUCACAACUUAUUCAAGAGGCCAAAGUGAACAAGAAAGAUCUGACAGUAGUAUGGCUAGAUUUGGCUAAUGCCUAUGGUACUGUUCCUCACAUGCUGAUACAACAAUCACUAGAUCAUUACCAUAUUCCCGACCACUUUAAGAAAGUGAUAAGAAGUUAUCUCAGUGGGAUUGAGCUGCGAUUUACAACAAGCACAUUUACAACAACAUGGCAGAAACUACAAAAAGGAAUAGUUACUGGAUGUACCAUCUCAGUUAUCUUGUUUGUCAUGGGAAUGAAUAUGAUUAUUAAAUCUGGUGAGAGAGAAACUAGAGGCCCGAAAACAUCAACUGACAUCAGGCAACCACCAAAUAGAGGGUUCAUGGACGACUUAACCAUCACUACAGAUACCCAUGUCCAGGCUAGAUGGGUAUUAAAGGCAUUGGAAGAGACAGUAACAUGGGCAAGGAUGUCUUUCAAGCCAAAGAAGUCUAGAGCUCUAAUUAUAAGGAAAGGGAAGAGAACACACCAAGUCGAACUAAAGGUGCAAGGAGAAGUCAUUCCUUCAAUAAUAGACAAUCCCAUCAAGUGCUUAGGAAAAUGGUAUGAUGACUCUCUAAGUGACAAAAACAAUAUCAAGAGAAUAGAACAACAGGUUUCAGAGGGAAUGAGGAACAUCGACAAGACAGGUCUACCAGGGAAAUUAAAGGCAUGGAUAUACCAACAUGGACUCCUGCCAAGGAUAUCAUGGCCACUUAUGCUGUACGAAAUAACGUUGACAACAGUUGAGAAGCUUGAAAGAACCAUCAACAGACAUCUAAGGAAAUGUUUAGGUGUCCCUCCAAGUUUUACAACUGUAGGACUAUACAGCAGGACUGCAAAGUUGCAGCUACCAUUUACAUCUCUAGUGGAAGAAUUUAAAAUUAGCAAAAGUCGCCUUGUGAUGACACUGAAAGAAUCUAGAGAUGAGAAAGUAAGAACAGCAGGCGUCCAAGUAAGAACAGGACGAAAAUGGUCAGCAUCAAAAGCAGUUACAGAGGCAGAGAGUAGAUUGAGGCAUAAAGAUAUUGUUGGAACAGUGGCAGUAGGACGACAGGGCCUUGGUACAUCAAAAAGUUGCUACUGGAAGAACGCUAACACACAAGAAAGACGAAGUCUUGUCCAAAGAGAGAUAAAAUCUAGAGAAGAAGAAAACAGACAAGCAAAGACAGUAGAAUUAGGGAGCCAAGGUGCUUGGUCGAGAUGGGAUUUGGAACAACUAUCCCUUACAUGGUCAGAUAUAUGGCGUUAUCCGCAAUACCAACUGCAGUUCCUUCUUAGAUCAGUGUAUGAUGUGUUACCGACACCUUCAAAUCUGUACAGGUGGAAACUAUCAGAAACACCAGACUGUCCCUUGUGCGGAAAAAGAGGAACUCUACAACAUGUUCUUUCAGGGUGCAAUAUCGCUCUUACACAGGGGAGAUAUACAUGGCGACACAACCAAGUACUCCGGGAACUUGCUGAAGUUAUAGAGAAACAGAGAAAGGAUGCUAAACACAUUAGAGACAAACCUAUCAAGAUCCAGUUUGUGAAGGAGGGUGAAGUAGGCCAGAAAAGUAAAAAGAACAUAUCAGGAAUGCUUAAUCAGGCGAAGGAUUGGCAGUUAGAAGUUGAUCUAGGAAAGAAGAUGCAAUUUCCUGAUAUUGUACCAACUAACCUAAGACCAGACAUGGUACUUUGGUCUACAAGCAGUAAAAAAGUAGUAAUCAUAGAGUUGACAGUUCCCUGGGAGGAGAGAUGUGGCGAAGCAAAUGAAAGAAAGAGGGCAAAAUAUGAUGGACUGUUGGCAGAGUGCAGAGAUAAAGGAUGGCAGACAUGGAACUUUCCUAUUGAGGUUGGCUGCAGAGGCUUCCCUGCACAGUCAGUGUGGAGAAUGUUUUCUGCAGUUGGAGUGACUGGCCAGAAUAGAAGAGCAGCAAUAAAGAAACUGGGCCAAACAGCAGAGAAAGCAUCUUGCUGGAUAUGGAUGAAGAGAGAUAGUAGUAGCUGGAAACCCACCACCAAUGCGCAGUGA